AUGACAACCGCGUCCAAAAUUACCGCGAUGUACCUGACCUGGGUCAUCAUCGGGUUCGGCCUCGGUUCUGCACAAUCGCGAGAUUACAAUCCGCUGCAGACUGAGCACGUCUACGAUGCGCAUGUCGGAGCUGAUCAGCACGGCCCUCUCGCACGAGGUCAAGAGGCACCUACAGGCACCACCAACACCGACCACGAGGCUGCCCUUCUCGAUGAGCCCUGGAAUGAAGUCCCUCACAACGCCCCGCAGACGCUGAAGGCCGGUGUCGGCAGCUAA